CGCACACACGCACACGCACACAACACGCACGCACACACACACACACACACACACACACACACACACACCACCACACAACACACACACACACACACACACACACACACACAUAUAAAAACAACAAGCCCACCCCACACACUGUGCCCGGUCUCAGGGAGGAGGAAGGCAGAUCAGACUCAGGACUCCGUCAGCAGCGCAGAGUCUACAGCGCAAUCAUGGAUGGAUCUUCUCCACGCCCUGGCCGCUCGGUGUUUGUGUGGCUGGUGGGAGCGUCACAGUUGCUGGGUGUGGCGUCCGUGGUGCUGACCGGCGUGUGGAUGGGUCACUACCGCGGGGGCUUCGCCUGGGACGGCUCAGGGCGGGAGUUUAACGUGCACCCCCUGUGCAUGGUGCUGGGACUGGUCUUCCUGCAGGGCGACGCCAUCCUGGUCUACAGAGUUUUCCGCAAUGAGGCGAAGAGGAACGUAAAGGUGCUUCACGGCGUCAUCCACCUGCUGGCCCUCAUCAUCAGCAUCAUAGGUAUUGUAGCUGUGUUUGACUUCCACAGAGCAGGAAAGACCCCAGACAUGUACUCUCUACACAGCUGGUGCGGCAUGGCUACCUUAGUCUUAUUCUUCACACAGUGGGUGAUGGGUUUGCUGUUCUUCCUCUUUCCCGUUGCGUCGUCAUGGUUACGAGCCUCAUACCUGCCCAUCCACGUGUUCUGCGGUCUGGUUCUGCUGGUCAUGGCCAUAGGGACCAGCCUGCUCGGCAUCACGGAGAAACUCCUCUUCAGCAUCACGGCAACCUACUCUCAGUUCGCCCCAGAGGGGGUGCUGGCCAACACCUUGGGGAUCCUGCUGGUGGGUUUCGGGGUGCUGGUGGGCUACCUGAUCACCAAGGAGGAGUUCAGGCGUCCGCCGAACCCAGAGGAAGAGGCUCUGUCGGUCCACUUCAAGACCCUGACGGAGGGGGGGACCCCCACCUCGCCAUGACCACACCUCCCUGUUGCCUGGAUACCAACAGUGUCCCGGCAAUACACAUGCAACACACAACACAACUGGCCAUGAACGCACCAGUUCAUCAAAGUCGUUAAAAUCCCAAACAGGAAGCUUCAGCUACCAAUCAGAUCGCUCCACCUUCCCCCCAAAGGAUUUCUAAAUGUAGAGGCUCAGCGCAGUAACAAAACAAAACAGAUUUAUAAAUGAAUAUGUUUUAUAGAGAAAUGUAUGGCUCCUCAUUUCAUACGGCUUCAAGCAGCCAGAAGUGACCAAUCACAGUUCAGCAUAUCUCAUCAAGCUUCCUCUAUACCGGGCAUGAGUGUGCUGGGGUAAACAGGGGCAGCAUGGAUCCUCCGUCUGUUGCUGGUAGUUGCUAUGGUAACAUUAGUCUGUUAUCAGGUUUCUGACUUUUUUUCUGUGAAUUUGAGGGUUUUUUAUGUGUAAAAAGAGUAAGAAUUCAGACUUUAUUUUACUGUCCAAUCAGAGUAGAAUGAACUGAAUCAACCAAAAUCUAAAUCCAGUGGUAUGUCCGGGGCCACAUUCUCCAAGUUAAACUUUAAUUUGUAUCAUAUCAGUAAUUUAGGAUGAUCAACUUUAAGGUUUUAUUCUAGGACCGUCAGUAUUUGGAUCAAGUAUCUCAUGAAAAAUUAAGUGUGCUAAGUAUAGUACGCCACUCCUGUUCAAUCUGCUGGAUAUGUAUCUAAUCAACAUUUCAAAUGUGAUGUUAUAUAGUUAUGUAUACUGAGCGUCAUUGACAAAAACAUUUCUUUUUUUGUUGAAAUAAGUUGUUGCUUUAACGUGCACUGAUUGGCUGUGUCAUUUAGGUAAAUAAAUAUAUAUAUUUGAUUGGCACAUACUGAAUAUUAAAUGACUCAGACCACUAGGGCCAAAAUAACUUGAUGCAGACAUCCUUAGUUGGGGCUGUCGUCUGUUACACACCACAAGUCAAACAGAUGCUCAUAUUUGAGAAUAUCCACCCAUAUGCAGAUGACAUCUUAAUUUUCACUAAGUCAUAAUGUCUAAAAAACAACCUUUGCUCCAAAGAUGAGUGCAUUAACAGUGUGUCCGUCCCAGAUCAGCCAGGCUGGGCCGUUCAUGGUCCACAUGGUCCAUUAGGUAGCUGUUUGUGUUUAAAUGGCCUGUCAUGUGGAACAUAUCUGUUCACUGUGUAGUCCCAUGGAUGUGGUUAGAGUUUGGUAACUUGAUGCACUUUUCCCUAAAUAUGUUAAAUUCAUGUCUUUGAAUGUCCGAUUCUAUAUAACCUGUCGCUACACUUUGGUUUUUUUGGAUUAACUUCAGGACUCUGCACCAGUGCCUAAUACAAAGCCUUUACUGAAAAUGAA